UUGAUUUGUCAUUUUACUUCCUCUGAUGAGCCUUUCAAAUAAUCUUCCACGAGUAUCGUUCAUAAACAUUGAUACGUUAUCAUUAUUGUGCAGCCGUUCCUAAUGAAGUGGCCAGUGAGCUGCCUUGUGUUCCCGCCCUCCCAGCGGUGACGUCACGGCCCUCUGAGCGUCGUGUGUGAACAGACAAGUUGAGUCUGAACGUUUUUAGUUGCAGCGCACGUCAACAACAACGCAACUUGUUUGCAAAGGGUGCACCCUUCAAGGAAGCUCCUCCAUGUUGGCUGGAAUGAAAGCCGGAAGUCCUUCUAGAGUCCACUUGUAUGAAGAUCCCGUUUGUGUUCUGACAUAUGGCGCCUAAAACGAGUCUGUGAGCCAAGCUGGUAGGUGCCCCCCACCUCGCAUCAUUCCACUCCCAUUAGUUGUCUUUUUUUCUUUUCUUUUCCCGUUCAAGUGCCAUGGACCCGACUGUGUGGCAGUAUCAGUUCCGGGUCAUCAUGUUGGGAGACUCCACGGUGGGCAAGUCGUCCCUGCUGAAGCGCUACACGGAGAACCAGUACCUGGACUCCAUCAAUGAAACGGUGGGGGUGGACUUCUACGUGCACUUUCUGGAGAUGGAGCCCGGGGUCCGGGUCAAGCUGCAGUUCUGGGACACCGCCGGACAGGAGCGCUUCCGGUCUGUGACCCGCUCUUACUACCGUAACUCGGUAGGGGCCCUGCUAGUGUUCGACCUGACCAACCAGGCCUCCUUCGACCACAUCAGGGAGUGUCACGCCGAGGUGUGCGAGCGAGUCCAGCCCUACAAGGUCCUCUUCGUCCUGGUGGGCCACAAGUGCGACAUGGACGCCCACAAGGAGCGAGCAGUGAGUCGGGAGGAGGCUGAGAAACUGGCCCUACUUUUAGGGGUGCCUUAUGUGGAGGCCUCGGCCAAGACUGGUCAGAACGUCAAGGCUGCCUUCGAGCUGUUGGCUCGGGGGGUCUACCUGGGCCUGAUGAACGGGGAGGUGGAGCUGCAGGAGGGUUGGGAUGGGGUUAAAUGUGCAGCACCGCUGACUCUGCAGGCGCACAACACCAGUCCGGGUCAGCCCGUCUCGGCACGCAAGAGCAAGAAGUGCUGUGACUAGACUGAGCUCAAAUUCAAACAUUACAUCUACUGUAUGUGCACUGUCACUCUGAAAGUAUGGGGGGCUUAUUUUUUUGUUUUGAUUUAAAUAAAUCAUAGUAGUCAAUUAAAUGAGAUGACAAAUGAGAAAAUCUGAAAUAACACUUUUUUUUUUUUUAAAUCAGUCCUAAAAAUCUAUAAAAUUAUUUCACAUUAUUGUAAUUUAUUGAGGGAUAGUGAAUGUUUUAACAUUGUUGAUGAAAUUGUUACAUGAAAUAUGUGAUAGCUAUACAUUUAUUUGACUUCAUAUUUACUUAAUUUGAGCACCGCCCCCCCAAAUGUAUUACCUGCGUACAUAUUCAUUUGAUGUUAAAUGUUACACUCAAGUAUUUAAGACUGCCUUCGUAACCAGAAAUUAUUUAAUGUUGGUUCCUUUGAACUUAAAAAAUAAAACACACACAGGUCUUAUAUGUGAAAGAUGUCAAAUAUGCUACUAAAAUAUUAAUAAUAUGAAGCAGUACAAUCCCAACUGUUACAUUUGUGGCACAUCUCUUGUAUCGGAUUCCAUUCCAUUGUGCAGGUGUACCUAAUGAAGAGUCCAGUCCAGUGACUGUAUUUUUGCCCCCCUCCCCAAAAAUUGUUCAGCAUCUGACAACACGAGUGAGCGAUUGUUUGACGCUCCGAUGUUGACAAUUAUUAAAAAAAAAAAAAAAAGAAGAAGAAUGCCCCGGGGUACAUUAGGAUAUCGUCGCGGAGUGAUGUUUGAAAAGGCAAUUACUGUCGCUCGGUGUGACGAAUGAGACUCCUGCGUCCCCGCAGCCAAUUUAUUUUGCCUCUAAGACACUCUCUCCCCGAAGACUCACUAUAGCUACUGUGCUGAGCAAGAUUGUUCUUUGUAAAUAAACAGCAAGUGAAGUGAUUAAAUGUCACUUUAUGCCCUUUAAAGUCACUCCCAACACCACUGGAGCUCUGUGUGGUACAUUAGCCGAGUACUUUUACUUCCACUACAAGCUUCUCUCGUCUUAAUUGGCCAGCGCUAAAUUGCACAGCUUCGUAGAUAUUCACUUCCUGUGUAUGCAUGACAUUUGUUAUUAAAAUUCAUGCUUAAAAGGUGAUUAAAUAACUUUAAUUUAGCAAAAAAAAGUUUUCUGG